AGCUAAGAUGGCAAUAGCUACACUGGGCUACACCUGAAGUAUUCAAACACAUGACUGCCUUUGAGACAAUGGGCUUUCGCCAAAAACCUUGUGACUCACAGGCGAUCUUCCUCUCCAAGCGUGUGAAAGCCCUCGCAGGAAGUCGAAUCGAAAUCCCAGCACCUGGACCGCCCAACCUGGACCGUGAGGACCGGCUCCGUGGUUGGGGAGCAGAGUGCGUUGAGGAUGUUUGGGUGGCACCCGAGGGUGACAGAGAAACAGGAUGCGAGCCCUUUGAGGCGUUUGAGGGCACAUCCCGGAAGGUUGGUUUGCUGCAGAAGGUCAAGACAUCGAAGGCAACUCGGAAAGGCACUGGCAAACAGCAAGCCAAGGCCUGUUAUGAUCAAGUGAAGCCCAAUCAGGGCGGAUGAGGUGCAUUGUACUCAGUCCUAGGAACCGAGUAAAGUAGUAAUUCGAUGUAAUUCGGAGUGAUCUGAUCUGAACGCCUUGUACAAAAAGCCGUCCAGGCCCCCAGCCGCACAGUGCACGUGGCACACACGGAUUUCCAGAAGUUGAAACAAAUGCAUCUGCGCAAGGUUGUCCUUGGCCCCUUGCGGAAGAGAUCUCAGAGACUCAGAAUGGUGAUGCCGAACCGUCAUCACCCGCGAACC